AUGUUAAAUUGUUCGGGAAAUUGGGUUUCUAAAAAAUCUGAUCCAACCAGGUCACAAUCUCCUCCUGUUCACGAUUUAACAGAAGAAGAUGAAGAAAGAAUAGAAAAAUUGUUUAAAACUUUAGAUUUAGAUGGUAAUGGAAAAAUUGAUAUACACGAUUUAUCGGUAUCGUUAAAAGAAAGUGGUGUCAGCCCGAUGUAUGCUAAGAAAUUUCUAGAAAGAUCAGAUCAGAAUAACAUUGGGCACAUUUCAUUAGAAGAUUUUAUUAUAUAUGUUAAAGAACAUGAAAAAAAUUUAAAAUUGGUUUUUACAACAUUCGAUAAAAAUAGAGAUGGUAAAUUAGAUAUUGAAGAAUUAACCAAAGCAUUUAAAGAACUCGGAAUUGAAAUCGAUGAAAGCGAAGCUCUUAAAUUAGUUCAAAGAAUGGACACGGAUGGAAGUUUAAAUAUUAGCUAUAAUGAAUGGAGAGAUUUUUUAUUUUAUGCACCUAGUCACGACAUACAAGAACUUAUUAAAUAUUGGAGGCAUUCUUCAGCGUACCUUGACAUUGGAGAAGAUUUAAACGUUCCCGAUGACUUUACCGCCAAAGAGAUGAUGACGGGAAUGUGGUGGCGUCAUUUGGUAGCCGGAGGAAUCGCCGGUGGAGUUUCAAGGUCUUGCACGGCUCCGUUGGAUAGAAUAAAAGUUUACUUACAAGUUCACGGAUCGUUUAAAAAAAUGAGCAUCAAAGAUUGCCUUAGCGGAAUGCUGAGAGAAGGUGGGAUUCAAUCACUUUGGCGUGGUAACGGAAUAAACGUUUUAAAAAUAGCACCGGAAUCAGCAAUAAAAUUCAUGGCGUACGAGCAAGCGAAAAGAGCCAUCAGGUGGAGUCACACGAGAGAGCUUUCCAUGUUAGAAAGAUUUGCAGCGGGUUCGAUAGCGGGAGGAAUAAGUCAAACAGUGAUUUACCCUUUGGAAGUUAUGAAAACGAGGUUAGCUUUAAGGAAAACCGGAGAAUACAAAAGUAUAAUACACGCGGCCAAAGUGAUAUACGCGAGAGAAGGGUUAAGAUGUUUUUACAGAGGCUACGUACCAAAUUUACUAGGUAUCAUACCUUAUGCGGGAAUUGAUCUCGCAGUUUACGAAACACUUAAGAACACGUACAUAAGCAAACACGGAGGAUCGGACGAACAGCCGGCCGUGGCAUUGUUAUUAGCUUGCGGAACUAUAAGCACGAUAUGCGGACAAGUGUGCAGUUAUCCUCUCGCUCUCGUAAGAACGAGAUUACAAGCCAAAGUUGUCACGACGGCAGAAGAUCAGAAAAAUUGCAAGAUGAGCACGGUAUUCAAAACGAUAAUACAAAAAGAGGGAUUCAUGGGAUUGUAUAGGGGGAUAGCGCCGAAUUUUCUCAAAGUCAUACCUGCGGUUUCAAUUAGUUACGUCGUUUACGAAAGGUGUCGCCUCCUAUUGGGAGUGGACAUGACCUGA